UGCCUGCCCCAUCUCUCCAGCCUCUCAGCCUGUGACCAUCACACGGAGUUCAGCCUGCCACUCUCACAAGGACGAUCGCCUGCCCUAACGCCUGGCCACACUGCCCCACAAGGACUGUGCUAUGAACAUGGGGUUUCCCGGGUGCCUCCUGCUCCCAGCUGGACACCCCCUUGGCAGGAGCUCGGCUGCCUGCACGGGAGCUAGGAACGCAAGGAUCCCCAUCCUCCUGGCCUGGUUUUGGGCUUCCAUGACAGGACUCCCCAUGGCAGACUCAGGCAUUUCAGCAGUGGCUCAGCUCCAACUUGUGAAUGGCCCAAGUCGCUGCGCUGGGAGAGUCGAGGUGCUUCACAACCAGCAAUGGGGAACCGUGUGUGAUGACAGCUGGGAUUUAACUGAGGCCAGAGUCGUGUGCAGGCAGCUGGGCUGUGGGACGGCGUUAUCAGCCCCACGUGGGUCUCAGUUUGGACAGGGAACUGACCGUAUCUGGCUGCAUAAGGUAAACUGCACAGGGACAGAAGCUGCCCUCUCCGAAUGCAGGGCUAGGCCUUGGGGAGAGCAUAACUGUAACCACGUAGAAGAUGCUGGUGUUGUGUGCUCAGACUCCAACAUUCCAGACCCAGGUCCUCUCCAACUGGUGAACGGCCCCAAUCGCUGCGCUGGGAGAGUCGAGGUGCUUCAUAACCACCAGUGGGGAACCGUGUGUGAUGAUGGCUGGGACUUAACUGAUGCUGGAGUCGUGUGCAGGCAGCUGGGCUGUGGGUCAGCAUUAUUAGCCCCAGGGGAGGCUCACUUUGGGAGAGGUUCUGACACCAUCUGGAUGGAUGAAGUUAACUGCACAGGGACAGAAGCUGUCCUCGCCGAUUGCAGGGCUUGGCCUUUGGGAGAGAAUAACUGUCACCAUGGAGAAGAUGCCAGUGUUGUGUGCUCAGGCAUUUCAGUAGUGACUCAACUCCGACUUGUGAAUGGCCCAAGUCGCUGCGCUGGGAGAGUCGAGGUGCUUCACAACCAGCAAUGGGGAACCGUGUGUGAUGACAGCUGGGAUUUAACUGAGGCCAGAGUCGUGUGCAGGCAGCUGGGCUGUGGAACGGCGUUAUCAGCCCCACAUGGGUCUCGGUUUGGACAGGGAACUGACCGUAUCUGGCUGCAUGAGGUACACUGCACAGGGACAGAAGCCGCCCUCUCCGUAUGCAGAGCUAGGCCUUGGGGAGAGCAUAACUGUAACCACGUAGAAGAUGCUGGUGUUGUGUGCUCAGACUCCAACAUUCCAGACCCAGGUCCUCUCCAGCUGGUGAACGGCCCCAAUCGCUGCGCUGGGAGAGUCGAGGUGCUUCACAACCAUCAGUGGGGAACCGUGUGUGAUGAUGGCUGGGACUUAACUGAUGCUGGAGUCGUGUGCAGGCAGCUGGGCUGUGGGACGGCGUUAUCAGCCCUAGCGGGGGCUCGAUUUGAGAGAGGAUCUGACACCAUCUGGAUGGAUGAGGUUAACUGCACAGGGACAGAAGCUGCCCUCGCCGAUUGCAGGGCUCGGCCUUGGGGAAACAAUAACUGUCACCAUGGAGAAGAUGCCGGUGUUGUUUGCUCAGACUCAGCCCUUCCACAUCUGGCUCAGGUGCGAUUGCUGAACAGCCCAAGUCGCUGCGCUGGGAGAGUCGAGGUGAUUCGCAACCAGCAGUGGGGAACCGUGUGUGAUGACGGCUGGGACUUACAGGAUGCCGGAGUCGUGUGCAGGCAGCUGGGCUGUGGGACGGCAUUAUCAGCCCCAGGAGGGGCUCGAUUUGGACAAGGAUCUGGGCCAAUUUUGCUGGAUGAGGUUAACUGCACAGGGACCGAAGCUGCCCUCUCCGAAUGCAGGGCUAAGCCUUGGGGGGAUCAUAAUUGUCACCACAGAGAAGAUGCCGGUGUUGUGUGCUCAGGCACAGGCAUCUCACAAGUGGCUCAGCUCCGACUGGUGAACGGCCCGAGUCGCUGUGCUGGGAGAGUCGAGGUGCUUCACAACCAGCAGUGGGGAACCGUGUGUGAUGACAACUGGGACAUAAUUGAUGCUGGAAUCGUGUGCAGGCAACUGGGCUGUGGGACAGCGCUAUCAGCCCCAGGAGCGGGUCGAUUUGGGCAAGGAUCUAACCGUAUCUGGCUGGACGAUGUUCAGUGCAAAGGGACAGAAAUUGCCCUUUCCGAAUGCAGGGCUCGGCCUUGGGGAGACAAUAACUGUCACCACAGAGAAGAUGCCAGUGUUGUGUGCUCAGACACCGGCAUCUCCGAAGUGACUCAGCUGCGACUGGUGAAUGGUUCGAGUCGCUGCGCUGGGAGAGUCGAGGUGUUUCAUAACAAGAAGUGGGGAACUGUGUGUAAUGACAGCUGGGACCUACAGGAUGCUGGAGUCGUGUGCAGGCAGCUGGGCUGUGGGACGGCGUUAUCAACCCCCACUGGAGCUCACUUUGGGCGAGGAUCUGAUCAUAUCUGGCUGGGUAAUGUCAACUGCACGGGGACAGAAGCUGCCCUCUCCCAAUGCAGGGCUAGGCCCUGGGGAGACAGUAACUGCACCCAUGAAGAAGAUGCCAGUGUUGUGUGCUCAGACUCAGGCAUUUCAGAGCAGACUUCGCUCCGUCUGGUGAACGGCCCGAGUCGCUGCGCUGGGAGGGUCGAGGUGCUUCACAACCAGCAGUGGGGAACCGUGUGUGAUGACAGCUGGAACCUACAGGAUGCCGAUGUCGUGUGCAGACAGCUGGGCUGUGGGCUGGCGUCAACAGCCCCAGGGGCGGCUCACUUUGGGCGAGGAACUGACUCCAUCUGGCUGGAUGAUGUUCACUGCACAGGGACAGAAGCUGCCCUCACUGAUUGCAGGGCUCGGCCUUGGGGAGAGAAUAACUGUCACCAUGGAGAAGAUGCCGGUGUUGUGUGCUCAGACUCAGGCAUUUCAGAGCAGACUCAGCUCCGACUGGUGAAUGGCCCAAGUCACUGCAUUGGGAGAGUCGAGGUGCUUCACAACCUGCUCUGGGGAACCGUGUGUGAUGACAGCUGGGACAUAACAGAUGCUGGAGUCGUGUGCAGGCAGCUGGGCUGUGGGACGGCAUUAUCAGCCCCAGGAGGGGCUCGAUUUGGACGAGGAUCAGACCCCAUCUGGCUGGAUAACAUCAACUGCACAGGGACAGAAGCUGCCCUCUCCGAUUGCAGGGUUCUGCCUUGGGGAAUCCAUAACUGUAACCACGGAGAAGAUGCCGGUGUUGUGUGCUCAGACUCAUCCGUUCCAGAGAGGGCUUCAAUCCGACUGGUUGAUGGUUCGAGUCGCUGUGCUGGGAGAGUCGAGGUGUUUCACAACCAGCAAUGGGGAACCGUGUGUGAUGACAGCUGGGACAUAACAGAUGCUGGAGUUGUGUGCAGGGAGCUGGGCUGUGGGACGGCGUUAUCAGCCCUAGCGGGGGCUCACUUUGGGCAAGGAUCUGACCCCAUCUGGCUGGAUGAUGUUCAGUGCACAGGGACAGAAGCUGCCCUCGCCGAAUGCAGGGCUCUGCCUUGGGGAGACAAUAACUGUCACCAUGGAGAAGAUGCCGGUGUUGUGUGCUCAGCUAAUUACUCCUGA